UUUUUUUUGGAAAACUUUUUUUACUGACUUUUCUUGUUCUCUCUCUCUCUCUCUCUCUCUCUUUGUUUUCUAGUUUGACAGCAAUUCAAACACCCGUCAAAAAAGAUACGACUGGACCGACACAGAAGAGUACAGAUAAUAUCUCAACUCGUAGAAGUUAUAGUGAUGUCAUGACUGGAGAAGAAAGUUAUAUAACAGCACGUUCUUAUUUUUUGGAACGGCAACAACAAAAGAACAGUGAUAAUGACGAAGAACAAAAUGAAUCAUUCCUUUCUCAAAUUCGAGCGUCCGGCUCUGUCACCUCCGACUCUUCUGCAGAUACCAUUCGACCUUCGCAAUUCACCACCACAUCAAAAACAUUAGAUACAGUGACAAACAAGUACUUGAUAUCAAACGACGAUCCCCUUACCAAGAAAUCACCGAAUAGUUUGCCAACUAAUACCAUUACUGCUCACCAAGAUAAUGAAGUUGAUAUUAACAACAUGUACGUAAAUGACACAAAUAACGGUAAUAAUGAAUAUCCGAGCAUGGGUAUUGGAAAGUCACUUAGGAAGAGUAUCACGCGGAAAAUGAAGCAAGCAAAAAACGACAGGGAUGGACAACAACAGCGUCAAACACAGAACAAGUCUCUUCUUUGGCGUCAAUCGGGACCCGUCUUCGUACCAGUGUUACCGCAUCAUGUUACGUCUAAUAGGGACAAUGGUACUAUUUACAACAAGGAUACAGUGAUCAAACAUGAUGUACUAUUAUGUACUCGGAUGAUCCAUGGUGCCAAUGAUCCUGCUACAUACAAUAAGAAACAAUCUCAUCAUCUCAAACGACAAGAUAAAUGGAGGCAAUUAGAAGUCAUUUUAACACCAGCAGCAUUGGAAUGUUAUGACUCUACUGGUCUGAUGUGGCCUCAUCGGAAACUGCAAUACAGAAUACCAUUGGACAAUAUAUUGGAUCGUAAACUCUCAUUAUCCCUAUUAUCUUCAUUGGAUUAUACCUUUUGCCUACAAUAUACACCAAAAAAUGCAACAUCCAGUUUUUCUGCCAUAUUUCGUGCCCGAUCGAUCACAUUAAGUCAAGAAUGGUAUAUAGCUAUCUAUCGAUUACUUCCCGUUGGUGCAAGAAAAGCUUUUCCUCGUGAAUGUGAAGUUUAUAUUCCCUCUGUCAACCUUCGUGUGCAUCUUCCAUUAAGGAGACAUCAAUCAGAACAGCAAGAACGUGACGAUUCCAGGUAUCAGAUAAAUAUGGAUCAAGUAAUGGAUGCUUUAAUCGACUUAUUGGCAAAAGAUCCUGUUUGGGUGACUUAUUGGGGACAACAAGCACGUCGGUCGCAUUUAUCGUUAUGUUGGACUCAAAGGGAUCGUGCCGAAUGGAUUUUUUGGAAAAAUGCUAUCGAUAGAAGCCGACGUACUGAUACCGUGAUAUGUCCUCAGAUCAUCGAAAAGACACAUCAACUAGAAUUACGACCCGUUCAACACACACCUCACAGUGUUGUUUUAGGUGAAAACGUGACUCUGCAGGAACCACCACCUUUUGAAGGAUUUUUGACCAGAGUGACAGAUUUCGAAGGCCAUCUCAUCAAACCAAGUUCAUGGACAAGGAAGCGGUACUACUUUUCAACAUUCAACAGAUUUCUUUUUAUGACACCUAUCAAUAAAGUCAAACCACCCAAUCAAAACACACUUGUUGAUCCAGCUAUAUUGAAGAUCAAUAUUCACCGUAACAAGGACAAUGAACAUUACAGAAUAUUACAAUCCCAUUUUGCUGAUCGAAUCAAACGAGAAGACUGUGUUACGUUGGUGACCCCAUUUGCUAACGACGAGCAUAGCCUUACUCAAUCUUGGCAGCAAGAUGAACUGCGACGACGGAUGGAUUUGAUUAUGGAUUCAACAGGGUACAUCAACAUGACCGAAGUUUCUCAUGUACAGCGAUCUUUCAGUGAUUAUUCCCCGGCGGAACUUGCUCUCCAUCGACAACAGCAACAACAAAAUCAUCAUAAUGGCUAUACUUCAUAUGGGAGUCUCAACUCAAGUCUGGCGACAUCGUCCACCUCACCUAUGCUGGAACAUAGUGGUGAACCCUUCGAUUCGUCUUCAUCCUUCUUACCAACAUCACAAUAUCAAAAUCCUCAUCGUAAUAGCUUAUGGUCUAGACAACAAUCUUGUAUUGAACUUGUUAUGGAGAAUGGGCUUGUUUUGAAAUUCGAGGCACCGUCUAGUGAUCUUUGUGAUCAAUGGAUACUUUGUCUGUCUGAUCUUGUAGUGUAUGCCAAAGCCCGACAAGAAGCUGAUCGUGAUGCCCAUAGCCAUGCAGUAUUUACUUCACCAUGUGACUCCAAUGUUGGCAAGAAACAAGAAUGUAGUGGUACUUCUGUUAUUGAUAAUUUGUCUCUUUACCAUUCUGACCGACUGGAGAAUUCAAAACAAACUUUUGUCGAUACACGAAUAUGGAGUAUAUGUCUAUUUGACCAAUGUCGAGAAACUGCGGUAUCAUGUACAUCCAAUCCAAGGGUGUAUUUAGUCAAAAACAAUUCAUCUUGACAAUAGAUGGACGACUGCAUUACUACAACAUCUAUAAGCGAUCAGGUGACGACGGCAAACCCAUAGUGACAGGUAGACAUGAAAAAAAGGGCACUUUUGAUAUGGCAAAUGCGUAUGUAUAUUCUGGUGUGGCGUCUUGUUUGGAC